AUCUAAAUGCUUCAGCUCUUAUAUUACUGGUAUUCAAUGUACUGCUUGUUCACAAGGCUAGUUUGAGUCAUGAAAUCGGAAAUAAGGCCUGAAGUUCGCCCUUCACAGGACCCCAGCGCGAUACCUCUUCGAAAGCUGAGAACCCCUUCACCACAGCCUUCCCAGCAAACUGGUAUCACUACAUCAAUCUCAGACAAUCAUGUGGAGCCUCCAUCGCAGCAGCAAAGUGUGAUCCUUGCCGUUGCUAUUGAAGUUGAAAAGCCCGAGGCUAGAAUCGAACCUGAAAAUACUACCAAUGUUAUCUCCAGGCUCGUGCCUCUCACAGAAGAGGAAGCCCACCAUCUAGGCUUACCACCACUAGAAUUCAAACCGUUCAUGCUGCGACCAUGGUUUUUGUACUCCAGCCUUGCUUUCAACCUUCUUAUCUUGGGCCUCAUGAUAACCCUAAUCUUCAAACCGAGGUUUAAAGUUCUCAACCAAUGGGGAUAUUUCUUCGUUCAGAUAUUUCCAGCUGUGAUUGGCACGAUAACUUCAUCAUUCCUGCGAGGUAUCACCCUGACUUUGAGCCGAUUGACCCCAUUCAUCCUGUGUGCCGCACCGUCUGGAUCAACAGCUGGAGUAUCUAUCUUGAGAGAAUACUUUCCAGACCCAAGUCUCAGGGACGUUGUUAAAACAAAGAACUUCACUCUGGGAUUUGCAUGGACUUUGUUCAUUUUAGGGAACGUGAUCCUUGGAUUCAAAGCCAGUUUACUCAACACGAACGUCGCUGAUGGUUACCGAGAGGCAAUCGUUGCUACAUGGGCAUUAUACCCUCUUAUUGCUAUCUAUUCAUUCGUUGCUGUAUUCAUGUUGGUGGUGAUCUUCCGCAUGAAAGCUGCAGGCUCAACUGGACUUCGCUGGGACCCUGUCUCGCUUGCUGAUCACUUGAUAUUAUUCCGACAUUCCAACUUCUUGCGACAUUUCGAAGGAACAGAUAUGGCUACUAGAGGGUCGAUGUUCGAAGUCCUCAAAGAUCUUCCUCUAAAACUUGGAUACUGGAAGAGAAUCGAAGGCAACACCACCAGCUAUUGGCACGGAUUCGGACUGCUCGAGAAUGGCAUCAGUGCACUUGAAGGCCAAGCUCAACCAAACCCUAUCAUAAAAUUGUCUCAGGAGUCGGUACAAAAGCUUCGAUAUCGCUCGACAUAUACCAACAUGGAACGAGUUCCAAUGUACAUCUGGACAACGAUCGCGUCCAUUCUGUGCGGACUCUUCAUCGCUGGGCUAUGUACAAACAUGGUGAAGGGAUAUAACAUACCAUUUUCUGCAAAUUUGGCAGCGUUUCUGUUUCAAUUCUCGCUCACAUUUGUCGUCACGCUAUUUACUUGGUUCUGGGAGGAUUUGGAUCUCUUCACCCGAUCCACGCAACCAUUCAUGUACAGUGAUUCACCUCAACCGGCGUCCGAGAAUCUAUUACUGGAUUACAAUUGCGCGCUACCAUAUAUUGUCACAUAUACAGCAUUAACGAACAAUCAUUGGAAAGUAGCAAGAAUUUCAGCACUUGCCCCACUUCAGCGUCUACUCCCAAUUCUUGUCGGCGGUAGCAUCUCAGUUGUCGACAACGGAGAUUACACAUGUACCUGCACAGCAUCUCUCCCUAUCUUCAUUGUCAUCAUAGUCUGGCUUUUCGCCUAUAUCAUCCUCAUCCCGUACGAGACCCUGGAGGCAGGAUACAGACGCCAUUUACCCCGCAAUUACUGCUCUAUCGCUGACAUCCUCUCUUGGACCUAUGCGAGCAAGCUUCUCAAUCAAAGUGAACUAUUCGAUAUUGAUCUACUUGAUGAGGAGAAGCGGGGACAAUGGCAUUUCCACGCAAAGCUUCAACUAGCUUGUAAGAAGUAUAUGUUUGGACUGUACAAAUCGACUACGCGGAAGGACACAUUCUGCAUGGGCAUCGAUGAUUCAACGGGUACCAAAUCAUUAUCACCGCCUGAAGUGAAAGAGAUGUCGCUAUUGUCUGGGAUAAGAAGGCGGAAUGUGAAGGAUCCCGGAGCAGAAGAAGGAGUGGAUCGGCAAGGCGAAUUUGAUGUUGCGAUAGAUCCCAAGUUUACAUGUAUUCUAAAUGUUAAGGCGGAAAGUAAUAUUGUGGGCAUGAAUGCUGUGCCGGAAGUCCAGCAGGAUGGACAAGAGGAGGAAGCUUGAUGCUAUAGGAGCGCGUUACCAGUGAUAAGCUGAUUUGACUCUCUGAUAAACAAGAUGUUC